AUGGACGCACUGAGGUUGCGCAAGAAGUACCCAGAAGUCUCUCAAGAUGAGAUGUUCGAUUUCAUCAACCGCUUUAAUACGAUUUCGACCAAUACACCAGGCAGAAUCGACAAGACGGAUGUGCUGCAGGCGUUGCAGGCCAACGGAGAGUCAUAUGAUCGUGCACGAGAGACGCUGAAGCACGUCAGUGUGGAUGCGAGUGGAAAGCUUGAGUUGGAAGAUUGGGUCGAGUUGAACGUAAAGUUAAGAUCGCAGGCACCCUCGUCUGGGCUGCAGACGAAAGCCGGGAAGGUAACGGUACAUGGCUCGAACGCAAACGUGAGCCAUACGAUCAACGAAGACGAGCGCGCGGAAUUUACGAAUCACAUUAACCUCGUUUUGGAUGGCGAUGCGGACGUCGGCUCGCGCAUUCCGAUACCGACGAACACGAUGCAGCUCUUCGACGAGGUGCGGGACGGGUUGAUCCUGUGCAAACUGAUCAACGACUCGGUGCCAGACACAAUUGAUAUGCGUGUGCUAAACAAGCCGGCCCCACGCAAGCCGCUGAACGCAUUCCAGAUGACAGAGAACAAUAACAUCGUGAUCACGUCCGCGAAGGCGAUAGGGUGCUCAGUGGUCAACAUCGGAUCGUCGGACAUUGCGGAGGGAAGGGAGCAUUUGAUCCUCGGUCUGAUCUGGCAGGUCAUUCGUCGCGGGCUACUCGCGCAGGUGGACAUCAAGCUGCACCCAGAGCUGUAUCGGCUAUGCGAGGACGGCGAAACCAUCGACGACUUGUUGAGGCUCACGCCGGACCAAAUCUUGUUGAGAUGGUUCAACUACCAUCUCAAGCAGGCGGGCUGGAAUCGCAGGGUGAACAACUUCAGCCGAGACGUUUCCGACGCCGAGAACUACACUGUGCUGUUGAAUCAGCUUAAGCCGGACCUGUGUUCGCGUGCUCCAUUGCAGACGCGGGACGUGCGCGCUCGCGCAGAGCAGGUAUUGCACAAUGCGGACGCCAUCGGCUGCCGCAAAUAUCUGACGGUCGGCUCACUUGUAGCCGGGAAUCCCCGGCUGAACCUCGCGUUCGUUGCGAAUCUGUUCAACAACUACCCCGGACUCGAACCCCUGGACGAACAGGAGGCGAAGGAUUAUGGCGUGGUCGAGGACUUCGACGCGGAGGGCGAGCGGGAGGCGCGCGUGUUUAUGCUUUGGCUGAACUCGCUUGGUGUCGAGCCCGGCGUGUUCAACCUCUUCGAGAACCUCAAGGAUGGGCUUGUCAUCCUCCAGGCGUUUGACAAGGUGUUGCCCGGCAGCGUCGUCUGGCGUCGGGUCAGCAAGCCCAAAGCUGGCUUCCAGGCAUCGAAUAGCUAUUCCGCCGGUGGUACGGGCGAAGAGGAGGAAGAUAUUGGCGUGACGCCGAACCAGUCCAAUCUGUCGCGCUUUAAGCAAGUAGAAAAUUGCAACUACGCCGUCGACCUCGCGAGGCAGAACGGUAUGCAUAUGGUCGGCAUCCAGGGCGCGGAUAUCACCGACGGGACGAAGACUCUUGUGCUUGGGCUUGUAUGGCAGCUCAUGCGCAUGAACAUCACGAAGACCCUCUCCUCCCUCUCCAAGUCGGGACAAGGCAGACCUAUCAGCGACACAGAGAUUCUUAAGUGGGCAAACAGCACCGCGCAGAAGUCGAGGCCAGGCGUUAAGCCUAUCCGGUCGUUCAAAGACCCGUCGCUCACGACCGGCCUUUUCUUCCUCGAUCUUCUGGAAGCUCUCCGUCCAGGUAUCGUGGACCCCACUUUGGUGAUCGGCGUCAGCGACCAUGGUGACUACGAAGAGCGGCGGCAGAAUGCGAAAUUGGCGAUCUCGAUCGCAAGAAAGAUGAACACGUUGAUCUUCCUCGUUCCAGAGGACAUCGUCGAUGUUCGUCCUCGCUUACUCAUGACGUUCGUGGGCAGCUUGAUGGCGAUCGCCAAUGAAUAG